AUGGAUCCACUAUCGGCCGCAGCCAGCGUGAUAGCUGUGGUUGGUGCUGCAAAGAAAGUUACUAAGGCUUUGGACCUGUUGAAGGCUGUCAGAGGCGCACCCCAAGGUCUCAGUGACCUCCUUGGAGACGUCUCUCGUCUUGAAAAGGUCCUUCAGGCUAUUAUGAAUGUUUCGAUGGAAUCCCAACAGCCGUUGCCACAGCUCAGAGAGGUUUUAGAUGAGGCUAGGUCGAAGCUGCUCGAACUUGACAGUCUCAUUCAAUAUACUCUGACAAAGGUGGGCGAAAGCAACAAGGUCGAUCGCUGGCAGUGGUUAAGGAAGGAGAGCGACGUUGACACUCUCCAACGAAAAUUGCUUGCCAUUCGACAAGACCUGAUUAUGUUGAUCAGCACUACAAAUUUUAUGACAACACAGCAAGUUUCUAGCAUCACAGAAGAAAUAUCCUCGCGCCAGCGGCAAACCGACCAUCUAAUCGGCCAAAUAUCAGCACGACACGAGGCCAUGUUCGCCAUACUGUGCCAAAAGCUUGAAGAGGCUCCAAAGACGUCGGAUCCGCCCACUAGGAUGUUGGGAGACUUCCAUGAGGCCAGCAUUUGUACAAGUAACACAUUAAUCGCAACGUCUCCUAGGGAUACCUCGGAUUUACAUAGACCCAUUGAUACAGUACCAAGGAUAGCAUCCCCUAGUGACCUUCGACUGCAUACAUCACAACGCAUCAAUACAUGUCGGGGAUUUUGCGGUUGCUCUUGUCACCGUUUUCGAAAAGCUGCUAUACCUGGUAUCUGGUCGCUUGCGGUUCGAGGUCUCCAACUUCCAUAUCUCAGAUCUUCCUGCGAUUUUGGUUCGUGCAAGUGUCGCGCUGCGCUAUGUAUCAAGAUAGAUUGUCACUUACCAACCUGGAUUGCGUGUCGAAUGAUUUCCAUGUGGUUUAAUUCUUCGCCUCUUCAUGGUCCGGAGCUUCUUCUUAGGGUACCACGAGUACUGCCCAACUCGAACCCGAUCAUUGAGUCAGUCAGCAAAGGCGAUCUCAUUCAGUUCAAAAGACUUGUGGCCCAGGGACAUGGAUCGCCGUACGAUAUUGAUGAGUGGGGAUCUUCAUUCCUGAUGAUGACAUUGAACGAGGCCUGUUUCACAAGUCGAAUGGAACUUGCAGCUUACCUUACAGAGAUUGGUGUUGAACUGGACCACGAAAUAACCCAAAGCCCGACUGCCGUCUGUGUUCAGGUUUUCGCCUUUGGAGUUGAAUUUGACCAUUUUAAGUCUCGUCUUGAAUCUUUUACGAUGGUAGAUUGGGAUGAAGUGUGCGAAGAACUGGGCUUUUCUGAGCUACACAAAAUCGUUUGUGGGUUCAGUAUUAGAGACCUAGAUGCUGAGGCUCAGCUUCAUCCCGAACUACUUGAUAUAACGGACGCAUGUGGUCUGAGCCCACUUCAUUUUGCAAGCAGAUUCGGUAGGGCAGACUACGUCCGGACUCUCCUUGAACAUGGAUCUAACCCAAAUAUUGGCAACGAAAGGCCAUUAGUUGCAGCUGCAAUGAAUGACGAAUAUCAAUGCAUCAGACUCCUUCUUGAAUAUGGUGCCACAACCGAUUGUAUGAGAGAAUAUGUUUGGGAAAUUUCGGAUGGUCUCUAUAGGCAUGCAAAAGAGGAAGAGGCGCUAGCCAUUGACGCACUCCUUCUUGAAUACGCAUAUGACUUCAAUUGCCAGGAUGGCGAAGGCAAAACCGCCCUUAUGUACUGUCCGAUGUUUCCCACGUUGGAGCAGUCGUGGUUGCACAAUCACCGUAUCCCGAAACUACGGCUGCUUCUUGAUGUCCCUGUGGACACUGAGGUCAAGGACGACGAGGGAAAGACGGCCUUACAUUUUGCUAUCGAACACUCUAACGUCAUGGCUUUCGAGAUGCUAAUGAAUGCCGGAGCAUGCCUUGACGUCGAUUUACCCGAAGGCACGACAAUUUUACAUUAUGCUAUUCUUCAUACACGGGAUCACAAUCUCGUGCAGGCUAUGCGCAAGGCAGAUCUUAUUCCCAUAAAUCUCGAAAGGCGAGAUAAUGACGGAUACACUGCGCUCGAUCUUUUGGUGCUCAGGGCUAGAGCUGAGUGGAGUGACCGAUCUUGUCAGUUUGACAAUGAUUUCUACCCAAGAUGUGUUCAGCCAUACCGUUCGGCCAACAGCCCGUGGAUAUUUGGAUGGAUCGGAGUGGCUGCAACACUGGAGGAAGAGUGUAGAGUUGUUGAAGCUUUGGAAGAGCUCUUGCAACGGAUCCAGGCUUCGCAAGGGGUUCAAGAGAAAGAGAGAUACCCGCCACUUCGCACAUUGGUCGAGCGCGACGAGUAUAACAACCUUUUAUUCGACAGCUCUGUCAGCUGCACAGACGUCCUUCCGGGCGCCUGGCCUGAAUAG